CUCGCGGAGAUCGCGCGAACGGUGCCUCCUCUCAGCGGAGGCGCGAGCUGCUCUGACAACCGCGGAAGUAUCGACUUUCAGUUCAAAAUGGCCUUGUCGUCGUUAUUAUAAACUGAGAUAAAAACAAAACAAAACAAAAAGUGGGUAGCAAGCUAGCUGUCUACCCUUUGAGAAAGAAGAAAGGAUUGGGUUUUUUUCCCCCCCCCCCAUCGGGUCAUAUCCGAGAGAAUUGAUUAGACGUCCGGGCAUUGUGACCAAGAGGUUAACCGGAGGGUCUUAUCCAAGGACAUGGCAAGCAUGAGGCGCUGAGCCACCACGCGUGCCUCGCUGGUAUUGGCCAUCAUGCUCUAUGCCUGAUGCCUUCCCUCUCUGCUUCGCCUUCCAUGGAUGGGCAGAGCUAUCCGUAUCCGGAGGGACCGCCACUGGAGACUGGAAUGUUUGGCCUGGUCUCGUCCACUAUGGAGACGCCGAUGUAUCCCUCCGCACCUUGGAGUUUCCCACAGCAAGCGUACAGCUUUUGUUGGUCUGGGCAACCUGUCAGCCAGCAGCACCAUUCCAGCGGCUCUCCCGAGAUGCCCAUGGACAUCUGGAGCCAGUCUUCUUUCUCAGACCUCGACUUCAGCGUCCCUCAGGAUCUUUCAUGUAUAGAAGAUUUGUCCAACAACUCACUCUUUUCCUCAUCUCCCGCUGACUCUCUGUCGGAGUAUGCAGGCACAUCAGCGUUGCUUCCUGACAGCCUGGCAACUGUACCUACCUUAUGGGACAUCAACACACCAGCAGAACCACAAGAGCCUAUUUCCAACCGAUUUCAGGGCUUUAGCAGUUUAGAUGAUAUUGCUGCCAUAAUCCCGUCUCUGAGAGGCCUUCAGAGACACCCCACACAGCCAGAGGAGGAGGAGGAGGUCGAGGAAGAGGAGACCGAGGAGCUGGGGCACGUGGACACUUAUGCUGACUACAAACCUUCCAAAUCCACUAUUGGAAACUCCCACCCUGACCGUGUGGUGGAGACCAACACACUCUCCAGUGUCCCCCCUCCUGACGUCACUUACACGCUUUCCAUCCCCAAAUCCAUCGUUGACAACAGCCUGCUCUCUGCUCUGCAGCUGGAGGCCAUUAUCUAUGCCUGUCAGCAACACGAGGUGAUCCUGCAGAACAAUCAGAGAGCGGGCUUCCUCAUCGGGGACGGAGCCGGGGUUGGCAAGGGCCGCACGGUGGCUGGCAUCAUCCUGGAGAACUUUCUAAGGGGAAGGAAGAAAUCACUGUGGUUCAGCGUCUCCAAUGACCUCAAAUACGAUGCAGAAAGAGAUCUUCAGGACAUCGGUGCCGCCUAUAUGCUAGUGCACGCCUUGAAUAAGAUAAAGUACGGAGACACAGCUACCUCAGAAGGGGUCCUGUUUGCAACCUACUCCGCUCUGAUUGGAGAGAGCCAGGCAGGGGGCCAGCGGCGCACCAGACUGGAACAGAUCUUGGAUUGGUGUGGGCCUGACUUUGACGGGGUCAUCGUGUUUGAUGAAUGCCACAAAGCCAAGAAUGCUACAUCUACCAAAAUGGGCAAAGCUGUGCUGGACAUUCAGAAUAAACUGCCCCAGGCCAGGGUGGUGUAUGCCAGCGCUACAGGAGCCUCUGAGCCAAAGAACAUGAUCUACAUGAGCCGUCUGGGAAUCUGGGGUACAGGAACACAGUUUCGCAUGUUUGAUGACUUCCUCCACGCUAUCGAAAAGAGAGGUGUGGGUGCCAUGGAGAUCGUUGCCAUGGACAUGAAGGUCAGUGGCAUGUACAUUGCACGGCAGCUGAGCUUCACGGGUGUCUCUUUCCGCAUCGAGGAGAUCAGCUUGGAUGACGAAUUCAAACUGGUCUAUAACCAAGCUGCCAGACUGUGGGCCGAGGCCCUGGUCGUCUUUACUCAGGCAGCUGACCUGCUGAAUAUGGGGUCCCGGAAGUCUCUGUGGGGUCAGUUCUGGUCUUCCCACCAGCGCUUUUUCAAAUACCUCUGCAUUGCUGCCAAGGUGCGCUGUCUGGUGGAGCUGGCCAAGAAGGAGCUGGAGGCAGGCAAGUGCAUCGUGAUCGGGCUUCAGUCCACUGGCGAAGCGAGAACGCGAGAAGUGCUCGACGAAAACGACGGACACCUGGACAAAUUUGUGUCUGCCGCAGAAGGUGUGUUCCAUUCUCUGGUCCAGAAGCACUUCCCCUCAGAGAAACAGCGGCGGGAGAAAGGAUUAGGAUCCAAAAGAAAACGUAAGCCGCGAGGCAGGCAGAACAAGUGCCUGAAGCAGGGUGCAGACAGCCGGGCCCUCCUCAACGUCAGCGACGACAGCAGCACGGAGUCGGACGGAGUGGACAGCGACUCCAACUCCUCUCCCGACUCGCUCCAGGACAAUGGCGAUGAUGUCAUCUUCGUUAACCAGACCCACUGCCAUGCUGCUCGCCUAGAGGAGAUGAAGCAAGACCUCUUGAACAAAAUCUCUGUGCUUGGGAAAGAACUACCUCUAAACACACUGGAUGAGCUCAUAGACCAGCUCGGGGGUCCGGAAAAGGUGUCUGAGAUGACAGGUCGUAAAGGACGAGUGGUCCGCCUGCCGGAUGGGAGUGUGCGUUAUGAGUCCCGUGCUGAACAGGGCCACACCAUUGACCACAUCAACAUCAAAGAGAAAGACCGCUUCAUGAAUGGAGAUAAGUUGGUGGCUAUAAUCUCCGAGGCAGCCAGUUCAGGGAUCUCUCUGCAGGCAGACAGGCGGGUGAGGAACCAGUGCAGGCGGGUCCACAUGACCCUGGAAUUGCCCUGGAGUGCUGACCGUGCCAUCCAGCAGUUUGGUCGCACACACCGCUCCAACCAGGUCACUGCCCCAGAGUACAUCUUCCUCAUCUCUGAGCUGGCCGGGGAGAGGCGCUUUGCCUCCAUCGUAGCCAAGAGGUUGGAGAGCCUGGGAGCUCUGACCCAUGGGGACAGAAGAGCUACAGAGUCUAGAGACUUGAGCAAGUACAACUUUGAAAAUAAAUAUGGCACCAAGGCUCUGGACAAGAUCACCAAAGCCAUCCUUGGACACAUUGAGAGCAUAGUGCCCCCUCCCAAAGACUACCCUGGUGGUGAUGCCAUGUUCUUUAGAGACAUGAAGCAAGGUAUGAUGGAUGUUGGCAUCAUGUGUAAGGAGCCUCGCUAUGGCAUCAGCACUGAGAAAGACUGUACCAUCACCAAGUUCCUCAAUCGUAUCCUGGGCCUUGAGGUGCAUAAGCAGAACUCCCUCUUCCAGUACUUCACUGAUAAUUUUGACUACCUAAUUGAAAAUGAUAAGAAAGAAGGCAAAUAUGAUAUGGGCAUCUUGGAUCUGGCUCCAGGUAACGAUGAGAUCUAUAACGAGACUCAGGAGAUAUUUUUGACACCAGGCAACCCUCAAGAAGGCCAUGUUGUUCUCUAUAAGAUCAGCGUGGACAGAGGCAUGCCGUGGGAGGAAGCUGUGCAGAAGGCUCAGUUGCUCGCUGACCCAGACGAAGGCUUCUAUCUGUCCCACAAGCUGAGAGGGAGCCACCCGUGCGUGUUGCUCGCCGAGCAGGGCCGCGGUCACCACCUGGUGGUCUACAAGCCUAACGUGGGCAAGCAGAAGCAAGCCGAGAGCCUGGAGCAGAUCCAGAAGAAGUACCGCAAGGUGACUGCAGAGGAAGCAAGAGAGAGCUGGGAAAGUCAGUUCACCUUCUCUUUCAGGAAAUGUAGCCAUGCCAACUGGAACGGCCGGUGUAAGAAGGUGGAGGAGGGGCAGGAGUGCCUGCAGGGCAUGCGCGUGCGCCAGUACCACGUACUGUGUGGCGCACUCCUGUCUGUGUGGAAGCGCGUGGCCGACGUGGUGGCCGACGUCACCAGCUCCAGCAUCUUGCAGAUUGUCCGCCUCAAGACCAGAGAGCACAAGCAAGUCGGCAUAAAGAUCCCAGAGAACUGUGUGACUCCAGUUCGAGACGAGCUGGACAGGAUGGAUAAGGAGGUGAAGAAGAAACGUCAGGAGAAGGAGCUGGAGGCUCAGAAGCAGCGGCUGGCUGAGCAGCACCAGCGACUGCUGGAGUGUCACCGGGACUUCUGCUCCCAGCCGCCCCUGCUUCCCAGCCUGGAUGCCCUUUACGCCAGACCCCCGGCGUACCUUCCCCUGCACCUGCCCCCUGCCCUGUCCUUGUCCUCCCUUCUGGACCCCAUGGAGGGCAUCCUGGACCUGACCAUGCACAGCUCGUCUCCGCUUUCCGCAGACGGCGCUCAGGGCAGCCUGAGGGCCGACGGCCUCCCUGUGCCGCCCGCCACCGUACAGGACUUCAGCUUGGAGCCUUUCAGACAGGAGCAGGACAGUCCGGCGCCUAUUGGGGACCCCAGACAGCAGGACCUCAUCGAGUUCCUCAACUCCCUGUCGGAGACAGCGUCCUGCCACACCAGUCCUCCGUCCUCCUCGGAUGUUUUGUCUGCAGUCAUGCCUGUCUCGACGAGUCUAUUCAGCUCCUCUGCCAUCCCCUCCUCCUCCUCCUCCUCCUCUUCCUCCUCCUCCUCCUCUUCCUCCUCGUCCUUUUUCUCACCUUCGCUCACGCCAUCAUCAUCCUCGUCCUCGCUCUCACUCUUUUCCUCUUUGUCGCCGUCCGACCAGCACUCGCUGUCUCUGCCCAGUGGCGGGGACACCGCCAUUAAUGCCAAAGAGGUGCUGAGCAGUAUGCUGCUGGGAGGGUCCGACUUGCGCCAGUCGGUCAUCCACUUCAGGACACCUGAGUGAUGGUGCCCGUCCUGGGGCCUCCCGUCCUGGGGCCACCGUGUCGGGGCUGCCAGCUCAAGCCCACAACGCUAUGCAGAGCUUACCAUGAAAGGUGAGACGUGCUUACCACAAGUCCCAACUCAGAUCUGCCCAAGUUCACUGAGAUUACAUAUUUAAAUGUUUCUGAAGUUCUUCCCCCUGAAAAGACUAGGCAAAAGGAUAAGUAAUAAACACACACAACUUUAAGAUUUAAAGUGCAGCAUUCAAGCCAAUAUUACGUCGACAUCUAUGAAGUUUCAUCGCCCUCUUGUGGUGCAUCAGUGUCAUGCUUAAUGGCCUUUGUUGAAAUUCGUGUAUAAUAUUGAAAACAAAACUGGAAAGGCAGUUACAGAGAUCACAGCCUGUCUCUGUGUGCUAUAUAUCUGUUUCCCAGCUUCCUCUGAUUAUGGAGAGCAAAAUUACAAACUACUGUCUAAGCAGUGCCUUUGGAAAAUAUUAGGGAAUGUCAUCUUGUAAACCAAGACUCCUGUACAGUAUAUAUAUUUGUAUACAAAGCAUAGGCAUUUUAUUUAUUGUUUUUAUUUAUCUGAGCUCAUACUCCAGCAGAGGCUGGGAGAGUGGGACAACCUCAAGGGUCCACUUUAAUAUCCUUGGACGUGCUUAUAGCCUCUUUACACAACAAAAGAAACUCUGUUGUCCUUAUACUCCUAAAGAAUUAGCACAGUCGUGACUUAAAUAUCCGUGAUUAAACUAAAUUUAAUAGCUUUAGCAUUUAAUUGUCUUGAAAUGUGGUUCCUGUGCUUAAUUAUUUUAUGCUCUCAGGAAAAAGUAAAUCUUAACCCUUUUAAGUAUGAAAGGUCUGUCAGGGCACAAUGCACUGUGUGAACUCAUAUCAGGUAUACCUGAGUACAAGGACCCUUCAGUGACUCAGACCCCGGAGAGCCGAACACUUUACCAUUUAAGAACAGGUGAAGUUAGAGGUGAUAUUAUAAUGUAGACAUUUUUAUCUAGGUGAGGUAAUGGGGAAACACAUAGUCUGGGCAAUAUUUAUAUUUAUAGUGAUAUUUUUUUCUUCAUAAUUUAUGUUAAGGGACAUUCUUUUCAUACUGUGUGUUGACCUGAUAUAUAAGGGCUGCACAAUAAAAAAGCAAAACUGAAGAGAACAAGAAACUGUGCAAAACAUUGAAAAUGGUGACAGUGAUUUUGGUGAGAUAUUGCACUGUUCUAUACUGCUGCAAUAGGUUUAGGAUUUCCCUAAUGCCUUGUUUAAUUUACCUGACUUCUGAAAAUUUGUAUUUGAUUGAAGGCCCAGUCGGCCGUAUUUCUAAAAUCAGUUAAUGUAUCCAAAUCUAGCUGUACAUUUGCCAAAAGCUCUUAUCCAGAGCAACUUAGAAUUCCAGCCUUAUUUCAGAGGCAAGUGUAGUGUUAGGAGUCUUGCCUAAGGUAUAAUGUGCCCGAGGUCUUUUGGUAUAGUGUGGUGCCUUUGCCCAGAUGGGAGCCUGCACCCCUUGUGAGCAGUGGUGUUGUUACCCACUGCUAUAUGGUUAUACUUUACGGUUAUAUAAUUGGUUCAUUUGAAAGCCUUUUGGCUCAAGGAAAUCCUGGCAUGAGCUUCUUCAAUUUACUGCCAGAACUGAACACCACAGUAAAACCGAGCAUUCCUUUACAGAAAAAUUGACCAGACACUCCAUCUCAGGAAGAAAACGUCUCCUGCCCUGUUGGUUCUUAAUUACCCAAAAGUGAAAUAAAAGUUAAUACGUGCGUAAUGGUAUGGAAGCAUUCUGUGUGUAUCAUAUACGUUCCAUCUGGCUUUGCAUGCCACAUACUUCAUGGAAAAUAUUUAAGUUUUUGUUGCUCUGCCUGCGAGUUUGGGAUUCGUUGCUUAUUAAACUUUAGUCUACUGACUAAGGGCACAGUUCAAACAUUUAUUUAACAAAAAUAACACAGUUUAUGGCCUUUUGUUGCUGUAUAAAGUAGCAUGGUUAAAUGUGGCUGACCGAUUAUAUCCAGAUUGGAUACAUGUGCAAUAUCUUCUACAAGGCUUCUCCGUCAGCAGAAGAUAAGUGUUGGUUUCUUCACUAGACAUCUCCCGACUUAUCGCAGGUUUUAUCCCAUUCUUUUGUUUUCAUCGUUGCCUACGCUGAUGGCAUGUCAUCUUGGCGCAUAAUCAUAUACAGAAUGUUUCAUGCAAUUCGUUAUCCAUCUUUUGUCUCAUGGCAGAUGAAGACUAUUCAAACCCCCCAGUCAGGGUUUUUUUUUUUUGAAUAGAUAAAGUACAGUGUACAGUAAUGUGCAGUGAUUUCAGCCUGUUUGAUCUUUGUGCACUGAGAGCUUAAAACAUCCACAACCUUAAACAAACUUAAAAAGCCCAAAAUAUAACUGGUGUUCAUUAUUGAGUGCAAUAGACAGUUUGAUGCCACUGCUACUUCUGGGUUACCGAUUCCCUCCGACCUUACUAACAGACAGGGUGGUAAACGUAAAUGUUUUGUUGUCACUGAAAACUGGCAUGCAGGCUGCAGCUCUUCCUGAUUGGAGCCUGUAGCAUAAGAUGAAGUCAGAGUGCAUGAAACAAAUUCAGACAACUUUCCUUAUACAAUAGUGAUCAAUCUGCAGCACUCUACGGUAAUGCACAGUAAAUCCAAUGAAUAUCCCUUAGUCGUUUGUGUAUAAUUUGCACUAAAUGUGUGAGUUGCUGUAUGAUGGAGAGCUAUAAUGUAGCUAUCAUGUCCCUUUAAACUGCGCAUUGUCUUUGUUGAGCGUCUUUUGUUGUAUUCUCAAUAUCGUGUAAUUUAUUGCUAACUCAUAGUGACAAACAUGCUACUGAAUUUAUGCAUCAUGUACUAUAUAUAAUUUUUGUUUUGUAUAACGGGGUCUGCAUUUUUAUUCUGGGUUUGCUUUGCUCUGUGUAUUUAUAAUUUAGAUUGAAAUGUAUAUAUUGUAAAAACAAAUUGUGCCUUCCAAAUAUUUCUUAAAGAAAUUUUUUAUGUGUAACACAAAGAACAUACAGCCAUGCAAUCUUUGUUAUUAACAAAGCAGCAAAUAAAAAUAAAAUGUUCAGA